UAAACAUGCAAAAACCCUAGAAAGAACCUUUUCCAUUAGGGUUUAAGAACCAAACCACGCCCACACGAAUCGCCUUCAGCAUCGUAUAUAAGAUUACUUCCUUUUCAAUACAAAGAGAUGAAAUUUCAAUUUUUUCUCAAAAACCUUUUGUUAGCUCUCCAGGUCCUCAAUCUUUCUCCUCUUGGAGAUGGUUGGGUUUAUAGAUGAACAGAUUGAAGAAGAUUCUAAUCAACCCUCAAAGCUCAACACUUUGAAGGACCCACUUGGAUACGUUGAUCCCAAACUCAUCGAUUUAUCGUUCGUGGAUACUUUUCUCGAUUUUGAUUCAAUGGAGGAUUGGUUUCAAGAUUGCCCAACCCCAGAUUGGGCUAAUUCAGGGGAUGCUGAAGUAGCGGUUGAAGAGAAGAUAAUACCGAUGGUUGAAGUUGGGCCUUGUGGGGAAACUGGGCCUCAACCAAAUUUGGGUGGGUCUAAGCAAAAUGAGGUGGAUGUAUCUGGUCUUGCAGUGAAAUCGGAACCGGAGGAGUUUGCAACCGAGCGGACUUCGAGUUAUUGUAUCGCGGAUGAGAUGAGCAAAGUUAAUUUGGUUGAGGGAUCGAGGUCUGUUUUGGCUCCUUGUGAUAAAAGUGAUGCAGCGAGUGAUGUGGGCAAGAGCAAGGGUGAUGACGAGGGUGAAAGUGGUUCUGAAACGGAGAGUGAAAGUUCUUCACCUUCUACUAGUAGUAGUAGCGAAGAUGGUGAUGAUGAGGACGAUGAAGAAAGUUCUUCAGCUUCUAGUAGUAGUGAUGAUGAGGACGUUGACACCAAAGGUGAUGAAGAGGAAGGGGAGAAAAAGGAAACGAAUGUCAGGGAGUUUGAAGAAGGUGAGAUAAGGGAUGAUGAUGGAGAGAUGACAUUUGGUGGCACUGAUGAGGAGGAAGAGAAGUUGGUAAAUGCUGAUAAAGAUGGAAAGGAUUUGGUUACUUGGAGUGAUGUUGAAUUCGAUGAUGCUGAUAAUGAGGAUGGCGGAGCUGCUUUGGGACCCAUCAGGUCAAAGAAUGAGCUUCAGGAUCUACCUAUGGUUCCUGCAGUGGAAGUUUCCCUGCAACCACAUCAUCAACUACAGACUGUCGGUGUUGUUUUGUCGAUGAUGGGUGCCAAAGUUAUCGUUGAAGGAGUGGAAAAACACAACCCUCUUGAUGAGGGCUCUAUCCUCUGGGUGACUGAAAGCAGAUCCCCACUGGGACUAGUUGAUGAAAUAUUUGGACCUGUCAAAAAUCCUUACUACGUCGUAAGAUACAAUUCUGAAAGUGAAGUCCCUGUGGGGAUCCAUGAAGGCUCUUCGAUUUCAGUUGUUCAGGAUUUCGCCAACUAUGUUCUUAAUGACAAGAAUCUCUACAAGAAAGGGUAUGAUGCAUCUGGUGAGAAUGAUGAAGCGUUGUCCGAAGAUGCGGAGUUUUCAGAUGAUGAAAAAGAAGCUGAGUACCGAAGAAGGCUAAAAAUGAGCAAGAGGGGCAUGGAUGACCAGAAAUUUGGAAACAAGAAAAAUGAUAAAAGGAAGCUUAAAAACAAAGAAGGGGCCUGGAAACCUAAUAUGGCUGCACUGCAGAAUACACCGAUGGGUAAGGAUCACUUGCCACCCAAUCAAAAUGAUAAAAGGAAGCUUGAAAACAGAGAAGGGACCUGGAAACCUAAUAUGGCUGCACUGCAGAAUACACCGAUGGGUAAGGAUCACUUGCCACCCAAUCAAAACCAGCAUCAAACAUUACUUGUUGCCGCAUCAACAAAUCAAGGUAAUUGUUCGUCAACAUCAGCCAUCCGACAAGAUUUUCCUAACUCGAUGAGCUGGGCUCCUCCAUUUCAACAGAUGGCACAGACUACAACUGUUUUCCCGCCUUCAAAUGGGAUGUGGAUAAAUGGGGUGCCGUUUCAGCAGCCGCAAAGUGCUGUUGUACCUGGGGGGUUUACGCCUCAUUUUAUGCCAUGGCCUGCACAAAAUAAUCUGCAGCACCCUCAUCAGAUGCCUUUUCCAAUGCAGAUGCCAUUUCAGCAGCCAUUUAAUCCAAUUCCUGGGUCUCUUCCUAACUUCGGAUUACCAGGUGGGCAGCUGAAUAUGUAUCCAGGGCCAUUACGCAAUGCAAAUCCUGGGCUUGUGGGGCAAAACGGCUUCAGCCAAACUGGACCAGGCAUGUCUUUCCAGGGCCAAUUUACUGGCCCAGGCACCAAUGUAGGGCAAAACGGGAGCAGCCAAACUGGAUCAGGCAUGUCUUUCCAGGGCCAACUUACUGCUACUGGGUCAGGCACCCAUGUAGGAGACCAAGCAAGUUCGUCCAAUGUAUUAAAUGUAGAACAAAACUCAACUUCGCAGCCAUCAGCUAUUCCUCCAGCCAGUACUCAAACCCAGCAAUUCAAUAUGGGUGCAAAUUCAAGUCGUGGAAGGAAAGGAUAUCGAGGGGGUGGUCGGUUUGGUAGAGGGAGAGGCUGGUGGCAAUCAAGAUGAUGGGUUCGUUAGGUGUUAUUUGUUUGUAUUUAGCCUUGUUUUUGUUGUAAAAAGACAACCUGAAUUUGGUUAGUAUUCUAAAACUAUUUGUUUAUCUGCAUUGCUUCAAAUAUGCGUCGACUCCUGAAGGAAGGUGGUUUGUAUUGCCCUACUUGAGGUGGUUGUAUCUGUAAGAUUUGUAGUAUAAAUUCUAGCUUUUAUGCUCAUUGCGUUCCAUGACCAGGUGAA